AUGGCGAGUGCAACGCUCUUCGCUAUCUUCCUUCUUUCUGCCCUAACUUUCUACCCUCCUUCAACCACUGCUCAACCUGUCACGGACAUGAAUGGUAACAUCGUUAAAAAUGGUGGCGUAUACUAUAUAUUGCCACUCUUUUUCGGAGCCGGCGGCGGUGGAAUCAAACGAGCCAGAACUGGAGACGAAACUUCCCCUCUCUCUGUUGUGCAAUCUCCCUUUGAGACCGAUCCAGGGCAACCAUGGCGUAUUCGAUCCAUGUUCAAAUCCCUUUUUAUUCCUGAAGGCAGAGUCAGCAUUAGUUACGAAUAUGUUCAACUCGGUGAGGCUUUUGAGAGUAAUGAGUGGAUAGCUGUUGAGGGUCAGUCUGAAGGAACCUUCGUUAAAGUUGGCUACCCAAAUUCCCUCUCAGGUUUCUUCACUAUUCACAGAGCUUCCUCAGCCAAUAGCUAUAAAUUUCAGUUCUGUUCAAGUGAUGGCAAGUCCUGCGGUAAUGUUGGGAUUGUUAAGGAUGAAGCAGGGAACAGGCUUUUGGCCAUCAAUCAGGAAACCCCAUUCGAGUUUGUUCUUAUGCAACUUCCGUCUGCUGCAACUAAACGAAGCACUAAUCAUGAAAAGUCCUACACUUUUUCCGUGUGA